GGUGGGAUCGGUGUAUUAGCGGCUGGCUGUAGCAACACAACCAGGAGGACUUACUUGGAUAGCAGACACGCUAGCCGCCGACCUCACGGAUGAUCGGGUGAAGUCCUUCGUCCUUCCGUCGAUUGCUGGAACGCAGAAUGGCACAGCAGGCCGUGCGCUUUCGCGGCCCUGCGCCUGCCCCCGCGCCCUCUGUAGUGCCUGCUCCUGCUCAGACUCCCGUGUUACGCGGCCCGCCGCCUCUACUUAGGCCGCCGCCGCCGCCUUUUGGUAUGAUGAGGGGGCCCCCGCCGCCUCGUCCCCCAUUUGCACGUCCACCCUUUGACCCCAACAUGCCACCCAUCCCACCGCCAGGAGGCAUGCCACCCCCUAUUGGACCUCCCCACCUGCAGAGACCUCCAUUUCUUCCCCCUCCUAUCGGCAACCUCCCGCCCCCUCCAGGGAUGCUCUUUCCCCCUGGUAUGCCCCCAGUUUCUGCAGCUAGUAGCCCCGCCAUCAACCCUGCUGAGGAGAUCUGGGUGGAGAACAAGACACCUGAGGGCAAGGCGUAUUACUACAACGCUCGCACCAGACAGUCGGCGUGGACCAAACCAGAAAACGUCAAAAUCAUCCAGCAGGCUGAGCUCAACCCUCUACUUGUGGCGGGGGCCGCCACUGCAGCAGCGAGCACCGGUGUGGGCGUGGUGGCGGCGGCUGUCACCUCAAGCGGCAUCAACACGACAGCUAGCACAGCGGUUGAUGCCAUGCCCACUCCUGCCCCCAGCAGCACGCUGUCGUGCACGCUCACCUCCAGCCCUGCCACCAUCACUACAAUGUCCCCCUCCGUGACCAAUGCAGCCAAUGUUGUAGCAGACCUCUCCCCCGUUGUCACGGUGACAUCAUCGGUUGCCGUGUCUCCAGUCACCGUGGUGACGGUGUCCACGAUGCCAUCACAGGUCACAGCGGUGCAGACCGUCCCGCUCUUGCCCGCCGCCCUGCCUCACAGUGUGGCCCAGCCCACCGCAACCAUCUCUGCCUUCCCCCCUGUCAUGGUACCGCCUUUCAGGGUGCCCUUACCGGGCAUGCACAUCCCCCUGCCAGGUGUAGCAAUGAUGCAGAUAGUAGGCGCACCCUGUGUAAAGGCGGGCCCCGGCGCCAACGGAAUGCUGCCCGGCAUGGGCCCGCCUUUGGUCUCAAUGAUGCACCCUCAGCUGGCGCUCUCGGCCGCUUCCGCCUCCAUGGCCGGAGCUCUACAGCUCCCCGAGUGGACCGAGUACAAGACGGCCGACGGGAAGACGUACUACUACAACAAUCGCACGCUGGCGUCCACCUGGGAGAAGCCCAUGUCACUGCUGGAGAGAGAAAAAGAAGCAGAGAGGGUAAAAGAGCGUCUUGCACAGGAGGAAGCUGAAGCCAUGGAGAUGGAGGAUGAAGACUUAAAGAUCAUAAACAUGAACAACGACAAACAGGAGCGCAAAGAAGAAGAAAUGACAGAGGAAGAGAAGGCGGCACAGAAAGCCAGACCUGUGGCCACCAACCCCAUCCCGGGAACGCCAUGGUGCGUGGUGUGGACAGGUGACGACCGCGUCUUCUUCUACAACCCCACCACGCGACUCUCCAUGUGGGACCGGCCCGAGGAGCUGGUGGGCCGCACCGACGUGGACAAGCACAUCCAGGAGCCGCCGCAUAAGAGAGGCCUGGACGACGGCAAGAAGACAGGUGACGCCGCCGCCGCGUCACUACUUUGUCACUUUGAUGGACACGUGAUUAAAAGAGUGUGUGUGUGUAUGUGUACAGGUUUCCACAAGGAGGACCAUGAGCUCGCCAUUGGUGCUGACGACAUGCACGACGAGGAACAUAGCAAAGCCAAAAAGAGAAAGAAGGACGACGGGAAGGAAGCAGACUCUGAGAAGGAAGCCGUGAUGGAGGCGGAGCUAAGAGCCGCCAAAGAGCGAGCAGUGGUGCCGCUUGAGGCCCGCAUGACCCAAUUCAAGGACAUGCUGCUGGAGCGAGGGGUGUCCGCUUUCUCCACGUGGGACAAGGAGCUUCAUAAGAUCGUGUUUGACCCUCGUUACCUUCUGCUCAACCCCAAGGAGCGCAAACAGGUGUACGACCAGUACGUGAAGACGCGGGCGGAGGAGGAGAGGAAGGAGAAGAAGAGCAAGCUGAUGCAGGCCAAAGACGAGUUCAGGAGGAUGAUGGAGGAGGCCAGGCUGACGGCCAGGACCACCUUCAGCGAGUUUGCCGUCAAACACAGCCGAGACCCCCGGUUCAAGAGCAUCGACAAGAUGAAGGACAGGGAAGCCAUCUUUGUGGAGUUCAUGAGCGCCUUAAAGAAGCGGGACAAGGAGGACUCCAAGUCCAGAGGAGAGAAGGUGAGGCUGGACUUCUUUGAGCUCCUCAGCGACCAGCACGUGGAAGGAGGCCAGCGCUGGAGCAAAGUGAAGGAGAGGAUGGAGACGGACCCGCGGUACAAGGCCGUGGAGAGCUCCGCCCUCCGAGGGGAACUCUUCAAGCAAUACCUGGAGAAGCAGGCUAAGAAUCUGGACCUGGACAAGGAGCGCGAGCUGGAGCGCCAGGCUCGUAUCGAGGCCAGCCUGAGGGAGCGCGAGCGCGAGGUCCAGAAGGCCCGAUCGGAGCAGACCAAGGAGAUCGACCGAGAGAGAGAGCAGCACAAGCGAGAAGAAGCCAUCCAGCACUUCAAAGCUCUCAUGUCGGACAUGGUGCGCUCCUCGGACGUCAUGUGGUCGGACACGCGGAGGAACCUGCGCAAGGACCACCGCUGGGAGUCGGCCUCGUUGUUGGAGCGGGAGGAGAAGGAGAAGCUGUUCAACGAGCACGUGGAGGCGCUGACCAAGAAGAAGAAGGAACACUUCAGGCAGCUGCUGGACGAGACCACCAUGAUCACGCUCACCACCACCUGGAAGGAAGUCAAGAAGGUCAUCAAGGAGGACCCUCGAUGUAUCAAGUUCUCCUCCAGCGACAGAAAGAGACAGCGUGAGUUUGAGGACUACAUCAAAGACAAGUUCAUCACUGCCAAAGCAGACUUCAGAACGCUCCUGAAGGAGACCAAGUUCAUCACGUACAGGUCCAGAAAGCUGAUCCACGAGUCGGAUCAGCACCUGAACGAUGUGGAGAAGAUCCUGCAGAACGACAAGCGCUACCUGGUUCUGGACUGCGUCCCCGACGAGCGCAGGAAGCUCAUCAUGUUCUACAUCGAAGACCUGGACCGCCGCGGACCGCCCCCUCCACCCACGGCAUCGGAGCCCACGCGCCGCUCCACCAAGUGACCUCCUCAGCGGGCCAAGAGCAUGACGACGCCCCCCUGUCCCCCGGCUCCCCCAAGCGAGUCUCUUUUUCGCCAUUGCCAAGCGCUUUGUGGCACACGCGGGGGAACCAGGUCACUGUGCCGCGGGGUGACCUUUGACCCAUCGCCUCUGCCUAGCAGAGGGAUGAUGAUGAUGAUGAUGAAGGCUGCCUCCCAAGCAGCCGCACGUGUAACAUAGACCAUGUAAAUCAACUGUAGUGUGUGAGUGCGUGCGUGUGAGUUGCGUGCACGUGUGUGAGGCGUGCUGAAGCCUUACAGAUCCAAGGUGCCGCUCAAAGUCUGGAAUGUUCCUCGCUGCUCCACUAAAGCAGCCAUUUGUCUCCACGUCCAAAUAAACAAGUUCCAAUGUUUUCUCA